AUGUCGACGAAUGAAGACACGCAGAAAGUCACGACUCUAGUCGCGAAGAUGGAGGUCAAGCCAUCCGAAGAAGAAGAGCUAUGUGGCCCUUGCCUGCGUUGCACGCCCAAACCGGACCCUCCCAGGUCCGCCAUCUGCGCCACGGAAGCUUUCAUGGAGUACAUCAAUGAAGCCGGACGACCAAAUCACCAUCCAUGUUGCACCGGAGACAAUCUGGCCACGUUCACGACUUCGAAGGAGUACAUCUGCCGCAUCUCCAAAUUCUUCGUCAAUGCGCUUAAGGGAAGCUUCCGAGAAGUUGAAGAUCGAGUCGUGCGUCUGCACCAUGACGACCCAGCUGCGUUUCGGCUGUGGGUCUUCUACGAGAGAAACGAGGUCAAUACCAAGGGAGAGGUUUUGGAGGCGGAAGUCCCAUGUGCAGUUCAAGGAAAACCCGAAGACAACGCAGAGCUGUGCUCCUAUAUGUGGGAUCUCUCUAAGGCGUGGAUCUUCGGGGAAAAGUACCAGAACUCAGUUUCACUUAUGGUUCAUAUCUGCGAGAACACCCACAAGAAAUCGCCACUCCAAUUCUAUGUCAUCGAGAACAUAUGCAAGCAGCUCGACAACAAGAAAUACAUCUGGAAAGAUAUCAGUUGCUUGUAUGCAUACGAUGGGUUCGUUGAAGAGCUUUACCUUGCUCGCAAAACCCCGAACUUCACCUCGAACGAACACAAGUGCGGCGAGCUUACUUACGUUGGCCCCCGGGAUGAUGAAGACUACGAGUACGAGAACGGUGGAUGGGGCCCAUCCAGCUCCGAUAGGCCUGAUUACAAGAAUGAAAAGAAUUGGCGAUGCAAUUGCAAUCAUCAGGUAGUCUAG